UGGCAUUUUUUCUAAAGAGUGAAUUCUCUUUUAGGCUUUCAAGAGGCCGGUCAGCUGUCACCGAUAGAAUCUUGUUCUGUCAACAAUAUGUACGUUGCUUUCCUGGAUGAUAUUUACCCUCAAUUAUUUACAUGAGUUUCAUUUUCUCAAUUUCAUCUAACUUAAAUGAAGUCAAAUAAAGAUCUGAAACCUUUGGCUUUUGUCUGCGGACUUUCGCUUUAUUUUGGGUGGGGGAUCCAAGAAACCUUCUGGACUCCUUUUCUACCCAGCGAGUUCGCCCGUCUUGGAAUCUCUCAAACGUCUAUAGGGGUUGUUAGCUGUGCCACCGAUGCUACGUCUGUUAUCACAUGCGUGGUAUUGAUGUUGAUCAAAUUACCCAAAAAUUACCGCCCUGCUAUAUUCUCAAUAGGUGCCUUACUUCAAGGAGUCAGUUGCUUACCUUUUGGCGAGGUUAUAGAACUGAACCCUGGAUUCCUUUUCAAGACCUCCUGUCUGUUUCUAAAGGGUUUACUCGGAUGUGGAAUUGCAUUUGUCUGGUGUUCCGGAUCUGUUUUGUUAAUAUCUAUGUACCCUGACCAUGUCGGAAGAGUCUGUGGAUCUAUUGCUAUGUCUUUGUCUUUGGGGAUGAUUUGUGGAUCUCCUUUUGGCAGCCUGCUGUUUACACUUGGAGGCUUCAAGUUACCUUAUUUGGUAGCUGGCGCCUUGCAGAUAGUUUUGGGUCCACUGGCCUACAUAGUUAUUACGCAAUCACUGUGCUCUGAUGAGGAAACCAAAACUUCUUCUCAUAAAAGCCUCCAGGCAGUCGAAAUAACAGACAAAUAUGAAAAAGUUACAGAUCCUCUUUUGCCGCAAAAUUCAAAGACUCUCAAAAAAUCAUCAAUUUCUUGGUAUUAUGCUAUCAAGGAGCAUUAUUAUGUCAUAUUUAUAUCAGCAGUCGCAAGUGUAACGUCAUCGUCUAUAGGGUUCUUCUUCGUAGCAUUCGCGCCACAUCUUUUAAUCGACUUUGGAGUGGGGAAUAACUUAUCUGGUCCACUUUUCUUACCUUUUACGGUAAUAAGAGCGUUGACGGCACCCGUUUUUGGGUUCUUUACCGACAAAGGCUACGGAGGUCUAAUUUUCUGUUUAUUCGGAUGCGGCUUCUCACUUACUGGUUUUGCUAUUCUUGGAAUUUCAGAUUGUAUUCCUAUGUUAGACAAACUAACAUCCUUCGAGGCUAUAGUCGGUUUUAUUGCGAUGAGCUCAACAGGAACCCUUGUACCUUUAGUGUUCCUUUUGCGAUCACUAUAUCGAAAAAAUAGUUCUAUAGAGAACGAUGAAACCAUAGCUUUAUAUGCGUCUGCGGUUUACUUGGCUUGCUUUGACUUCGGAAAAAUAAUUGGCCAGAGUAUAACAGGUGGAUAUAUUCUGGAUCUUCUCGGGUUUUACAACAGUUGCCGGAUUCAAGUUGUGCUCUCUUCACUUUCUUUAUUUUUAGCAUUAAGUUGUAUACUGCGUAAUGAUCUUUUAAUUGCUAGAAACGUUUAAAAUUGUGAAUUCACAUUAUGUAAUUUAGACAAAAGCAUGUAUUUUCUCUCGCCAUAAAAGUUUCAAAAAUUGAUGCAAAUUGAUGUAGAUUAGAGUGCUAUAGUUAUAGAUUCAGAUAAUGAGUUCGAAGUUG